AUGCCACAAAACGAUUACAUUGAACAGUUCAUAAAAGAACAUGGUCGAAGACUUGAUUAUGAGGAAAGAAAGAGAAAAAGAGAAGCACGUGAGUCGCAUAGAAUAGCCAAGGAUGCACAUAACUUGAGGGGAUGGAGAGGUAAACAGUUUGCUAAAAAGAGAUACACUGAGAAGAUUGCCAUGAAGAAAAAGAUCAAGGCUCAUGAUGAGAAGAAAUUGAAGGGACCUUCCAAAGCAUCUAAUGAAGAAGGAGAGGCAUUACCUACAUAUUUGUUGGACAGAGAACAACAGAAUACUGCUAAGGCUAUAUCAUCGUCUAUUAAACAAAAGAGAAUGGAAAAGGCAGACAAAUAUUCAGUUCCAUUACCAAGAGUGAGGGGUAUUAGUGAGGAGGAAGCAUUCAAGGUUAUUAGGACAGGAAAAACCAAACGGAAAUCGUGGAAAAGAAUGAUCACUAAGCAUACGUUUGUUGGAGAAGGAUUUACCAGAAGACCUGUUAAGAUGGAGAGAAUUAUAAGACCAUCUGCAUUGAGACAAAAGAAAGCCAACGUGACUCAUCCAGAGUUAAGAGUGACAGUUUUGCUACCAAUUCUUUCAGUGAAAAAGAAUCCUCAGUCUCCUUUAUAUACUCAAAUGGGCGUGCUUACCAAAGGAACCAUUAUAGAGGUAAACGUUUCAGAGCUUGGGUUGGUGACGGCAGGAGGCAAAGUUGUCUGGGGAAAAUAUGCUCAGAUUACCAACGAGCCUGAUAGAGAUGGUGUUGUCAAUGCGGUUUUAUUAGUUUAG